GUGGGGUGGGAUGGACCACAGCGGGAAGGGUUUGUGGUUGAUGCCUGGGUCCCCCGCCCGCUGAGUAGAUGGAUGAGGACAGGCUUCCUCUCAUGGGGUCAGGCAUUGACCUGACCAAGGUGCCAGCUAUUCAACAGAAAAGAACGGUGGCAUUUCUAAACCAGUUUGUGGUGCACACUGUACAGUUCCUCAACCGCUUCUCCACAGCCUGUGAGGAGAAGCUGGCAGACCUUGCUCUUCGUAUCCAGCAAAUUGAAACAACUCUCAAUAUUUUAGAUGCAAAGUUGUCAUCUAUCCCAGGCCUAGAUGAUGUCACAGUUGAAGUCUCCCCUGUAAGUGUCACUGGAGUCACAAAUGAAACCACUUCAGAGCCAUCACAGCAGAACAGUUUACAAGAAUCUGGACCACAGGAAAGUGAAGUAACAGCAGAAAAUAUCUUAACUGUAGCCAAGGAUCCAAGAUAUGCCAGAUAUCUCAAAAUGGUUCAGGUGGGUGUCCCAGUGAUGGCAAUAAGAAACAAAAUGAUAUCAGAAGGACUAAACCCAGAUCUUCUCGAGAGGCCAGAUGCUCCAGUGCCUGAUGGCGAAGGUGAAAAAAAUGCAGAAGAAAGUUCAGAUAGUGAAUACUCUUUUAGUGACUAAGAUUUACUUUCAUAAUAAUUACAGAUAACACGUGUAGAAGUACUUUACAUUCUAUCAGAAAGAGAGUCUGAACUUAACCUCUUUUUCAAAACAACAUCAAGUGGCCAGAUAUUCACCACCAAGCUUCCUCAGUGCUAAAAUUGUAAUAAUAAUAAAGCAUUUAAAAAAA